AAGCAAAAUUCUUAGAGUAAAGAGUACUGUGAAAAUUCCAUUCCAAACUGUAAGAAGUAACUAAAACAAAAUGACUUUGAAACACGCAAGUUUCAUUGCAAGAACUGUAUUUGUAAAAAAUAACGAUGUGGAUGCAGCAUGUAGAGUAUUAAAUAGAAUCUUAGGACGAGAGGAUAUUUUAGAUCAAUAUAGAAGAACUAGAUACUUUGAAAAACCAUUUCAGGCCAAGAGCAGACAAUUGAAACCACACAGUUGGAGUGACGACAUCACGAGUAUCACCAACAAUUGGCAACAAAGAGCACAAAAUCGUAAAGAAUGGAGGAUAAAAUGCGUUAGUCUUUCACGGUCAUCGUCUAAAUUGUUAAACUGUUGUAAAACUGGUGUAAAACCCUGUUAG